GCCAGGCAAGGUAACCAACACAAAUUUGUUUUUGAAAUCAGAAUUUUGUUUAAUCAAUCAAUUUGAGAUUAAUAAAUCGAGCGGGAAAAUUCAACCAUUUGAGUCUCUCAACAUAUAAUCCUCACUCACUCUUCUCUCUCUCUCUCUGCAACUGCUAUCGACUCUGCUUCUUCCUCCUCUCUGAAGAAUAUGGCCGUGAAAAGAAAACGAACAUCUAUAGUUUGUGAUGUCGACAAGAGUCAUUUUGAUGAUGAGCUGAUUCAAAUGUCUGGUUCGGUCACCAUAAGUGAUAUUCCUGAUCAAAUCCUUGUUCAAAUUUUCUUUGGUCUCACAACUAUAAGCAUUGUUUUCUGCAAAUCAGUCUGCAAGAAAUGGCGCAAUCUGAUAUCGGAAUCUCAUUUCGCUAAGUUGCAUUUCGCUCAAGCAAAGCCUCAAUUCUUGAUCCGGACUCUAGAUUCCAUUCGAAUUUCGAGAACUCUGUACUUGGUUGAACCUGAUAUUCAUGGUGGCUAUGGUUUUGAAUCUUAUUUUGAUCUCUGCAGGCUUUCAUUGGAUGUAGAAGAUGGCUAUUAUAUUUCUCCUCACAUGAAACUUAAUGCCAAAUUGAAGAUCCCGGUACGCAAUGCCGAAAUUGUGUUACAAAACCAGGACGAUCCUGUAAUGAAGAAGAAGAAUCGUUGCCUUAAUUUGAAGCCAAAAGAUCACAAGUACAAGAUUGUGAACUCUUGUAACGGUUUGCUUUGCUUGUCCGAGCCGUCGCGAAAUGAUCCUGUUGCAGUGUGCAAUCCAGUAACCGGAGAGUUCAUGAACCUUCCACCGAGCAAUUGUGAUGAUGAAAAUCUCAACGAUGCCGUUGAUUGUGGAUUGGGAUUCAGUCCAGAGAGUAAUCAAUACAAAGUCAUUAGGGUUUUUCAUCGAAACACUUAUGUAAGACGCCCUGAGCACCAUUGCAAUGCCUUUUCCAACUAUACUAACACAUACGCAGUGGUACACACUCUUGGCACAGAUUCAUGGCGUAGUGUUGAUAAUGCUCCUCACUCAAAGUUUAAGCUAGGAUUUCCCACUUAUCUUAAUGGAGCUCUGUAUGGGCUUUAUGUCGACCAUGGGAGACCAAAUUAUCUGAUUUCAUUUGAUUUCGACAACGAGAAAUUUGAGCUACUCAAUGUUCCACAAGAAUGUGAAGAUACAUGGAUAACAGAUAUCACCAUGGGAGUUAUAAGUGGUGAUCUUUGUCUAUGCGAUAGAUCUGAUCUUUCAUUGGAUGUUUGGAUACUGAAAAGUUUUAGCUCUGAUACAAAAGCUUGGAGUAAAUUGUUUACCAUGGACUGGGAUUGGCCAUAUAUUUUAUAUCAACCUGUUCAUGGUUUCAAUUCUGGAGCUCUUUUGAUUUUUCUUAGCAAUAACGGUCAACUGAUGUACAAAAAGCCACUCCUCAUUGAUCCCUCAUUAGUUGGUUUCCAUCCCACACUCUGUUAUUCCGAUCCCACAUACAUUGAUUUUUGUGGUCUUAAAACAAGGUACGAAAUCAUAGUUCACACUCCGAGUUUUAUUUCACUCAGGGACACUUUUGCUGGGAAUAAUAAUGUUGAGAUACUCAAUGUCAAUACAAGAUGUGGGAGCUUAAAACUGCGAGGAGAGACUAAAGAUCUCAUUUUGAAGGGAGAUUCUUACCCAGAUGCAGUUGACAGCGAUACUUUCGAAAUUGAAGAAGUCUAUUGGACCAAUUACUGGUGGAAAAAGAAGGUGAGGAACUGAUGUGUUCUUUCUUUCGAGUGUUGUUUAAAGGACUAGAAGGAAAGUUAAGCUAGACUUUAUGUGGAUACUGAUGUUUAGAACUUCUGUCAUAUUUUGGAUGAUAUGCUUGGCACUUUGAUCUCAAAAGUGCUUGCACUUUACACUAUGGGCUCUUUAGUAGUUUCAAAUGCAAAGUUUAAGGCAGCAUUUAACCUCCUGCCCUUUUCAUAACUUUGUAUAUGUGUAUACCUAUAAACAAAUGUAGCAAUAAAUUGUUUACGGCAGUAAAUCUU